UUAGGGGGGAGGGGAAAAGCCAUGGGGGCAACCCCCCGGAACCCCUUUCCCAGGCGCGCGCGCUCCGCUGGAAGAGGCGCAGAGAGACACUUUCCCCGGGAUCUUGAGUGCAGGGGAAGCUAGCUGUGGGGCUCCUUCGGCCCCAACGCCCGAGGCUCGGAAAAGAGAGAGUUGGCAGACAAGAGCGAACUACGUGCGGGGUCAUGGCCUAGGCCCUUCUGCCCCCGCCCCGGCCGCAAUGUCCUCUUUGCCCUGUCCCCUCCCUGGCCCCGACGCCUCCAAAGCCGCCUUCCCGGAUACCGCCCCCGUCCCAUCGGUAGUGGCUGCCUACCCACUAGGCCUGUCCCCCGCAACCGCAGCCGCCUCCGAUUUGCCCUACUCUGGGCCAUACGGCCACCUCCUGCCCUAUCCCUACCCCGGGCUGACGACGCCCGACGACGCCUACCUGCCCUGCCAGCAACCCACGGCGCCCUCUCAGCAGGAGCGGGAGGCAGAUUCGGAGAAGCUGCCGCUGUCCCCAGAGCCGUCGGAGCGGCUCCCCCAGACCCCCACCAAGAGGCUGCGCAAGCCGAGGACCAUCUACUCGAGCCUGCAGCUGCAGCAUCUAAACCAGCGUUUCCAGCACACGCAGUACCUGGCACUGCCCGAGAGGGCCCAGCUGGCUGCACAGCUAGGCCUCACCCAGACCCAGGUAAAGAUCUGGUUUCAGAACAAACGUUCCAAAUACAAGAAGCUCCUGAAGCAGAACUCUGGGGGGCAGGAAGGGGACUUGCUCAGUAGGCCUCCCUCCCUGUCUCCCUGCUCCCCACCCCUGCCAUCCCUCUGGGAUCUACCCAAGGCAGGGACCCUGCCCACUGGGGGUUAUGGCAACAGCUUUGGAUCCUGGUAUCAGCAUCACUCCCCAGAUGUUCUGGCUCCACCUCAGAUGAUGUGAGCCUGGGAAGGGUAGGUCAGGCUCCCAGCCCACCUGCACCCCUUCUGGACAGGGAGGAAACCAGCUCCAGAUGGGUUUUCUCAGGAUGACAAGGAGCUAGAGGAGAAAAAGGAUGGGAUGGAGUCCUGUCCCCCUUGCCCCAUAACCCAAAGAGCCUAAGAAAGAACUUCGGUCUUAGCUACUGCUCCCCACCACUACCAUGGACAAUAUACCUUCCCUUCAGCUGGACAAAGGCUCUGGAGAGAGUCAUUGGCUGGAGUUCAGACUGCUCCUAGGAACCCUUGUCUUGCCACCCCUUCCUUGAAAAGACUGCAGUCCCACCACAGCCUGGGGUCAAAACCAGCAAGAAACACUGAGUAUUUUUCCUUUGUAUGCCUUGGACCUUGCUCAACCCAUUUGCGAGCAAGAGCAGAAGUGAGGUGGAUAUCCAGUCUUCAAGUUGACCACCAUCAGGUUUCGCCCACCAAUUUUUCCUGGAGGUCAGCCCAUGACUCGAUAACUGAUACACCUACUCACCCCCCUGUGAGGAAGAGGAAUGCUGAAAAUGUGGACUUUGUAGACCUAUGGGUAAUUUAUGUUUUCUUCCUUUAAAAGCCCUCUUUUCCCCAUGUCUACCAUUUUGAGUAGAUAAUGGAUUCAAUUAUCCUUAUAAUUCAGUGGGUAUUUAUUGAGCACCCCCCCCCCAUACCUAACAACUCCACAUGCACAUACUCUUGGGAACACAGUAGGGUAACCCUUUGGGCAGAAUUUGGAUAAAUAGGCUCUCUGGAUGAGUGUAAGUAGAGACACCCCAGCAAUUCAGCUCCUCACAGCUGUCUCUGUCUAAAUGAAAUACAUUUAUAACCACUCUGACUAGCAUCCCCAAGCUCUUGCUAUCAUCCCUCAUACAGUGAGCUUCCAGAGAUUAAAGUUUGUACAAAAACCUGG